GAAGCCUGAACUCCAGUAGGGCCCAAGCCAGCCAGGAAGGAGGAGGCAGCCAGAGUGGCCACCACUGUUCUCUGCAGCAGAAGAGCCCUUGCUGCCAGGAUGGGGUCUAGUGGAGAAGGGGAGAUGAGGAAAUCCAGCUGAAUCAGCUGCUGGUCACUCACUAGCAGAGUCAUCUUUGUGGAGGACACACCCUUAUUGAAGCACCUUUCGAGGGACUUGGCUGAAAUCAGUGGAUAUAAAUGGACCAAGACAAAAGACCAGGGGCUAUAAUCUUAUUUACUGCUAAAGGAGCACCUGUCCAAGGAGCUUAGCAUGCGGGAAACGUUGGAAGAAUCCCAAGCCGUCCUGCUCUAUCGGAUGCAGGGUAUGGGAGCAACAGUGGCGAAAGAACGGAAACAGGCGGACCCAAGGACGAACUGAAUUCACAUCAAUUUGGUGCCGUGAGUGUCGGAUGUGACCUGGGUGGACGAUCUGACCCGCCACGGGACAGUGAGGACCAGCGCACACCACAGCCUUUGUCUGCGGAGGAUUCUCGUGGCCCCGGGACGUGCCAGUCGUUACUACACGCUUCAUCUGGGAAUCGAGGCAGGAGUGAAUGGGAGUCUGGAUGGAGAGUGAAAUCCAGGGACGUCUUUGGUGAGUACCCCAGCCCAAAGGGGGGCACAAAGGGGACUUUUAGCUCGAGCAGGGGGAAAGGAAACCUCACAGCCGAAGAAGGGCUGCCCGAGAGAAAAGGGGCGACUCAAGCCAAAAGCCCAAGGGAGGGGCGGCUGAGUCAAAAAUAAACGGCCCAAGCACAGGCAGACUAGGGAGGGGCCAUGGGGAGCAGAAAUAGCAAGUACACCAAAUCUGAAAGGAUUUCCUGCAUGCCUUUGGAGUGUGUGUUGAAGAAUUGGGAAAUUCUCACAGGGGAGAAAAAUGCUCUCAAAAAGAAAGUUUUGAAGUGUCUUUGUAUAGAAGUGUGGCCAAGUUAUCCGCUUGGCGAUGGCGCCACCUGGUGGCCAUCUACAGGAAGUGUUAUCAAUCUUUAAUUUUGGAAUUAUUGAUAUAUUGCUCAAAAACGGGAAAAUAUGAAGAACACCGCUAUGCUCAGCCAUUCAUGGAAUUAUGGUGCAGACCUCUGUUAGCUAUAAACUGUGGGCUAAUGCCCGCAGGGAAUUCUUCUGGACUAUUUCCCUUGCAGUCUUGCCCUUCCACUCCCCUCAUUCCUUCCGCUCCCACCCCUCCUCCACCCUUUCCCAGGCCCUAUGAAUAUCCAGAAGAUGAUUGGGUUCAACCUAUUUACCCAUCUCCACCCCCACCACAACCUCAGGUUAUUCCCCAGCCUCAGUUGCAUCCAAUUCCCAAUGUGCCUGAUGUACAGAGAGCACCCUCUCCAGGAAGGGGGGCGGGCAUAGGUUUGGUUGACUUAGAGGGGGGAGAUACAUUGGGGUCACCUCCUACACCUUUGACAUCCUUGGGAACGGGGGCAGGCAUAGGUUUGGUUGACUUGGGAACAACACCAUUGCAGCGUUUAAGGAAAGAUUUGGAAGCCUUGGAUUUAGCUAUUGUGCCUAGUAACAGCGGUACCGUCUCCCUUACAAACCCCAAAACCAGCCCCAUUGCCUGGCAUACUAGGAGUAAAAGCAGCAGCAGGGUCCCAAUUUUGGCUCCAUUGAGGGAGACUUUAACUGCCACAGGGGAACGAACAUUAGUCCAUGUUCCCUUUUCAUCUGCGGAUUUAAUGAACUGGAAGUUGCAAACCAAAUCACUUAGAGGAGACCUGGUAGCCUGCUCUAGUCUAUUUGAGUCUGUGUUUGCUACUCACAAACCUAUAUGGGCCGAUAUCCAGCAAAUGGCCGGUUCCUUGCUUACAGCGGAGGAACGACGCCUCCUUUUGCAAAAAGCUACCCAGUUGGCCGCCAACAUGGGCGCCCGUCAGACACCAGUACCCACAGCAGCAGAUCUAUAUCCUUUGCAGGAUCCUAACUGGGAUCCAAAUACUGAUGCUGGGCGUGCCGCUUUGGACACUUUCCGCCAGCUCUUUCUAGAGGUUCUCAACACUUGUGCGCCUAGACAUACAAAUCUGAACAGACUUCAUCAGACCUUUCAGGGUCCAAAAGAAUCGCCAGGAGACUUUCUGGAAAGGCUUGAAAAAUGCCUUUGCCAGUUCACGUCCCUGGACCUUAAAUCUCCAGAAGCAGAACAUAUUUUGAGAGCAGCAUUUUUAGCUCAGAGUGCCCAGGACAUUAGAAAAAGGCUGAAUAAGUUAGAUGCACCUUUAACCAUGGCCCUCGACUCUUUAGUGGAAGCAGCCUACCGCGUCUAUACACAGAGAGCGAACCCAGACCCAGAGUCAGAGAGGGAGAAGGAAAAAGAGAAGGAAGAGGAAAGGGAGAAGGGAAAGGAGAAGAAGGAGUCAGAGAAGGAGAAAGAGAGAGAGAGAGAGAGAGAAAACUGGAGGGAGUAAACCACAUAUCUUAUAUGCUGGUAGAUGAAGCGGGGCCCAGCAGGGGCCGGGAAGAGCAUCCCCUUAACAGGGAUCUCCAUAUUGUUACCAUUGCGGAAACCCAAACCAUUGGGUCCGGAACUGUCCGACCCGGUUUCAAGGGCUGCAGUCAGUGCCAUUUCCACAGCAAAUGCAGCAAAUGCCCUAUUGGCAGACAGCCUCUGCUGUUCAGCCUCAGCAUUUUCAGCCUCAGUAUUUUCAGCCACAGUCCCAGCAGCAGCAUUUUCAGCCACAGCUGCAGCAGCAUUUUCAACAACCACAGCAAUUCCAACAGUUCCAAUCCCAACAGCACAGCCAGCAACAGCACUACCAGCCUAGUCCCCAGGGCACCUUUCAACAAAGGAGCUCCAGAUAGGACAGGCCGGGGGAAACAGCUGUAUUGGCUACUUGCCGAACACUUUCACUCACAGAACCCCUGUUGGCCUGCAAAGUGGGCUCUGGAGCGAAUGCUCAGACUGUUUCAAUGUUAGUAGAUUCUGGCGCCACUCAUUCAGUCUUAAUUACUCCAAAAGGGGCUACCCCAAGCAGCCGUUCCACCUUUGUGGAAGGAGCCAUGGGUGCUUCAGCAAAACAUCACUUUUUGGAAGCCAUACCCUUUGAGUGCGCAUGGUCGCAAGGACAACAUUCCUUUCUGCACAUGCCUCAGUGCCCUGUGAAUUUAUUGGGCAGAGAUUUAUUGUGUGCCAUGCGGGCAACCUUAUCUUUCACCCCGGACCAAAUCGUUAUGGAAAUUCCUGAUUCAGAAACCUGGGCAGUUCAAGCUAGAGUGAUGGGUCUUUUUCCACCCAUGCUUGCACCAUUGAUUGAUUUACAAGUACCAGAGACAGUAUGGGCCAAGGAGGGAGUGCCAGGCAAAGCAAAGUAUGCCCAACCAGUGACAAUCCGAUUGAAACCAAACACCCAGCCUGUUGCAAUACCACAGUAUCCCUUAAGGAAGGGAGGCGCAGAAGGAUUAAAACCAAUUGUUGAUGCCUUUAUAGCCAAUGGAAUCUUAGUUCCUAGCCAAAGUGCCUGGAAUUCCCCAAUCAUUGCAAUUCCAAAACCAGACGGUAGAUGGUGCCUGGUACAAGACCUAAGGGCAGUAAAUGCCUGUGUGGAACCCCUACACACAAUUUUGCCAAAUCCACACACUUUAAUGACAGCUGUGCCACCACAAAUGACUACUUUUACUGUUCUGGACUUGAAGGAUGCUUUUUUUUGGCAUACCUUUAGCGCCAGAAUAACAACCAAUAUUUGCAUUAGAAAGGCACGACCCGAUAACGCAUGUAAAAGUCAGGCUCCAAUGGUCUAGGCUCCCUCAGGGCUUUAAUUCGGCUCCUCACUUAUUUAGCGGUGCGUUGAGGGAGGAAUUGGGCAGGUAGACACCCCCUGAGGGUGAGGAGGGAAAAGAUUUUGUGUUGCUGCAGUUUCUAGACGAUUUGUUCCUAGCUACAACCACAAAGGAGCUCAAUUUGAUCCUUACCACUUCACUUUUGCUCCAUCUAGCAGAUGCAGGCUUCCAUCCAUCAAAAGCUAAAGCACAGGUGGCCUUGCCACAGGUUAAGUACAUGGGACUCUUACUCAGCCAAGGACAGAAGUCUCUUUUUUGCCAGAGCGAAAAGAGGCCAUUUGCAGAAUAGCCCCACCCUCCAAUCGCCGCCGGUUACGUUCCUUUAUUGGAAUGGCUAAUUUUUGCCGCCAAUGGAUUCAUGGGUUUGCAGCUUUAGCCCAACCUCUGUAUGAUGCACUUUCUGGAGGAGAAAAUGACAGCUUUACAUGGUCAGCAGACUGCCCGUCUGCUUUCAUGAAGAUAAAGGCAGCUCUUGCGAGUGCUCCAGCACUUGGACUGCCAGACUACAACAAAGUUUUCUACUUAUUUGCUUCUGAGAGUCAGGGGACAGCAUCUGGGAUACUUACACAAACCCUGGGCAAGGAUCAUCGCCCAAUUGCAUAUUUUUCUUCCAAACUUGAUGGCGUGGCCCAAGGUUGGCCUCCUUGCUUGAGGGCCCUGGCCGCAGCAGCUGUCAUUUGGGAAGAAGCUUUGAAAUUCACCCUAGGUUCCAAGACUAAACUGUAUGUUCCACACUCAGUUCUUACAUUGUUGGAGAACAGAGCAAACCAAUGGCUGACACCUGCACGCAUGGCUAAGUACCAAGCUAUUUUUAUCAAGUCUCCAGAACUUUCCAUUCAUCACUGCACUGCAUUAAAUCCAGCUACCCUUUUACUGCAAAACAUGUCAAGAACCAGACCCUCCUUUGCAUGAUUGUCAGCAAUUUCUGGACUAUCAUUGCUCAGCCAGGCCAGACCUGACUGAUAUUCCACUAUCAGAUGCAGAUCUCACAUUUUAUACAGAUGGGAGCAGUUUUAUGGACAAUGGGGUCAGGAGGGCUGGUUACGCCGUGGUUACCAUACAUGCUACAGUGGAAGCUAACUCAUUACCCCCUGGGACCUCAGCUCAGUUGGCAGAACUGAUCGCCUUGACUAGAGCUUUGCAGUUAGCCCAGGACCAAAAGGUCAAUAUCUUCACUGAUUCAAAAUAUUCCUUCUCGGUAGUACAUGCGCACACCACCAUCUGGCGGGAGAGAGGGUUAAUUACCACUGAUGGGUCACCAAUAAAGCAUGGUGGCCAGAUUUUGGGACUUCUAGAUGCUAUACUUUUACCAAGCAAGGUUGCAGUUAUGCAUUGUCCAGGGCAUCAGAGAAAGGACACUGAGAUUGCCCAAGGCAAUACCAGAGCAGAUCACACAGCCAAAACAGCAGCUCUGCUGCCACCCCCACCCACAGUAACCAUGUUACCACUUAUUCCAGCUUUCCCCUUACUUCAGCCUCAAGAUCACCCUUUCCCAAUGACAGGAGAGGACGUGUCUACUUUAAAUAACCUUUUGCAAAACCCUGAAUGGACUCAAACUGAGAAUGGAGCUAUCCAUACUUCAGGCCAACAGUUCUUUUCAUAUGGCACCACCAUGGCCUUAGUUAAGCAAGCCCAUCUGACUACACACUUGGGAAGGGACAGACUAUAUGAGCUCUUGGUCACAUAUUUUUAUCACCCUCAGUUAAGAGCAAUGGUAACCACCACUGUCAACGCACGUGUGGUUUGCAUUAAGAACAAUCCAGCUCCACCAAGGAGAGCAAGACCACGCGGUCUGCUCAGAACAGGAACAGCCCCAGGUGACUCUUGGCAAUUAGACUUCACUGACAUGCCUAGAGCUGGAAUGUAUAAAUAUCUAUUAUUGUUUAUUGACAAUUUCACUGGGCGGUCAGAGGGAUUUGCUUGUAAGACAAACAAGACAAAGGAAGUCACCAAGAGACUUCUACAAGACAUUAUACCAAGAUUUUCACUUCCUAGGCAUUUGGAUUCGGACCAAGGGCCAUAUUUUACCUCUACAGUCUUGCAGGAGGUGGCCACAGCCUUAGGAAUUAGCUACCACCUACAUAUGGCCUGGCACCCCACGUCCUCCGGGAGAGUAGAGGCCUCAAAUUGGAUCUUGAAGACACACCUGAGGAAGAUAUGUCAAGAACUAUCGCUAAAAUGGCCAGACGCCUUGCCUCUGGCCCUUUUUCGCAUGUGCAUCACACCGAGGGGGCGUAGUGGGCUCUCACCAUUUGAAGCUCUGUAUGGGAGAGUGUGUUCUCUAAAUCCUCUAUCUGCUGAUGUAUCUGACUUACAUGUCAGGGGAGAAGAAUUGCUGAAACAACAUGUAGUUGGCAUUGCGGCUGCCUCGUCUUCUCUUUCUUCUCAUUUACAGGCAACACAACGGCCGCCACUAGAGGGACCACAACACCCUUUCCAGCCAGGCGAUCAGGUGUACCUUGAGAAAUGGCAGAAGCCUAACCUCGAGCCACGGUGGACGAGCCCGUUUACAGUGCUCCUAGUGACCCAAACUGCAGUUCGUCUCUCUGGAUCAAGGACUUGGACCCAUCAUACCCGAGUGAGAUUCGCGCCUACCCCAGCAGAGGAACCAGAAGACAACAACAACUGGGCGGUGACCAAGCGUGGAGACCUGAGACUCACUUUAUGCAAACAGCCACCACCAAAACCCCCACCAGAGCCUCUUUCCCUUGAAGAUACUCUGGCAGUGUGGGAAGCAAUGGAUGAAGGACACUUUUAAUUUUCUCAAAUAUUUUUCCUGCAAAGAACAAUAUUUUUUCUCCUCUUCUUUUAAUUUUUCCUGUACUAAGGGAGGAUGUAUCUCUUUUGGUGUUUGUCAUGUUCUUUCUUGUGUACAUGGUCAAUUCAACACCCACAUGCUCCACUUUUACAGACUUUAGCUGACAUUGCCAACUUAAAUGACUGCUGGCUAUGCAGUCACAUGGCAAGCACAGAAGGGGAUAUUUUAAAUGUAGUGGUCAUUCCAGUCACACUUGGCUGGUGGAUUACUUAUCCACAAACCACAGAACAGCCCCAAUAUUUUUCAAAUUACACUACAUAUUGGUCUUGGGGAAAACACAGCGAAACAAUUCACUUCCAAGGGAAAAGUAUUAGCUUUAAUCGCUAUGGUUACAUUCAACGGGAAACUCUCAACAGGAAUGCCCUUGGUAUCCCGGAUAGUAAGCUUUCAAGCCACGGCUUGCAUCCUAUCUGCACUGAAAAUAGAAAUGGUACAGCGAAGUUUUUGGGAGUGAAUCCCUACCACAGCUGUACACACAGAGUGUCCUUUAACAGCACGGACAGAACAUGGUUCUCUCAACACAGAGAGAACAAACUAGAAUGUUUUCAUAUUCCUUUUGAUUUAGCAAUACCUACUUCUCUUAGAGAAUUUCUUUUUCUUAACUUCACAAACUCAGAGUGGAUCACUGUUUCAAAGGCCCUGAAGCUUUAUCAUUCUUCCAUAUAUCUUACAAAAGGUUUUGGCCUUUGUCAACAGGCAAACCAGACUGAUCAUGUUUGUGAAGGCUCCAGUUUUAACACGCACACGCCUUGGUAUGACAUCUGGGUAACAAUUGCAUGUGCUUUUCCAGAGGGAGUAUCAAAAACAUGGAAGCAAUUUUUGGGCAACACAGGUAAAGACAUUGUGGAUUUGUGUAGCCAUGAUGUCAAUCUACCACGUUCAGGAAACAACUUAAUUGUUGCCUUACCAGCAGGCCUUUAUUGGGUCUGUGGGAACAGAGCCUAUCGUGCAUUACCCCCAGGAUGGACAGGCAGAUGUGCACCAGCCCAUUUAGCACCUACCAUUUAUGUGAAACCUACACUUAAUGCACCACAAGUUCUUAAUCUUGGAAGCUUGUUACACAGAACACGAAGAUAUGCCAAAAUCAAUUAUGUUCCAAACCCCUUAGCUACAUGAAACACUAAGUUCCAUCAAUGGGCAAGGACUAUACUACCUAGAUUAGGAGUCAAUCAACUAGAAAAAGCUAUCAUUAAUAUUUCCAGACAAAUCGAACUCUCAUUUAACCAGACACUGUUAGCCUUAACUGAUAUGGGCACAGAGAUAAAUUCAUUAGGAGAAGUAGUUAUGCAGAAUCGUAGAACUUUAGAUAUUCUCACAGCUCAAGAAGGCGGAGCUUGCGCAGUCCUAGGUGAAGUCUGCUGUUUUUAUGUCAAUGAGACUGGAUCCAUUGCUGAUCAUGUUCAAAAUCUUAAAGAUCAAAUAUGGCAUAAUAUGGGAAAGGAAAACCCUAUGGAUAUAUGGGCAUGGCUCACUUCUUGGUUACCCAAUUGGGGAUUGUGGGUACAGAAGAUAAUCAUAAUCAUAGUAUGUAUUUGUCUUUUAUUGAUAAUCACAUGUUGUUGCUUGCAAUGCAUUCCAACUUUAAUCCAAAUGUUUAUGAAAGCUUUUAGACCCCACCACAGUUUGGGACCUAAAUACACAUCCGUACCCUUACAAGCAUUGAUGAGAGCAUCCUGAAGCACCCUGAAGAUCCAGGGUGAUUCAUUAUUUCAAGGGGGGAAUUGAUGUGUUUUAGUAAACCAAAGCAACUCCAUUUUGCUUAGUAAACCAAAGAAAUUCCUUUUUGCUUAGAAAGCUAAAAAGCUCUAACUUAGAGUAACCGCAGCUGCUCAGCCCAGGGACAUUCUCUGCAACAUUGUCUUUAACAAUAGUCGUCAUUACCUCUCUCUCUAGCUAAGCAAAGUAACAAUGAUAGUAGCAAUUGAAAUGCUAAUGAAACAGGCGCUUGGUUCCCAGGAGAGAGAAGAUCACCUGAUGCACAGUAGUGUUAAGUUACGCAUGCGUAUUAGAAAGGAUUAGGUCAUCGGUUUGGGAUGUGUAUUGGGGGCCGGGAACUUCACAUUUUGUGGGAUGUAUAAAAGUGUAUUUCUAACUGUGCUCUGGGUAUUCAAUGUGAUGCGUGAGCUCCAUUGUCUACCUUGCUAUCGCGAUGCAAUAAAGCCUUUGAUUGAU